CGGACACGGCUGACCUGGGGAUUGGUCAGAACGAGGAGGAAGUGGAUACAAUGUGACAAAGGUUCGGAUCGCAGCGCUAUGCUGACCGUGGCCAGGCUGAUCUCAGCCCUCCUCUUGCUCUCCGGGCUCAUCUGGGGGGAUGAUGAAUCCGAAUGGGUGAAACUCCCCAAUAAAUGUGAAGUUUGCAAGUACCUUGCUGUGGAAUUGAAAUCAGCCUUUGCUGAAACAGGAAAAACCAAUGAGGUGAUUGAUACCAAAUACAGCUUUAUGGAAGGAAAGGGUUCAAGGAUUAAAUACAGGCACUCUGAUAUUCGGCUGAUCGAAGUAACUGAAAAUAUUUGUAAUCGGCUGCUGGAUUACAACCUACACAAGGAGCGGACUGGGAGUAAUCGCUUUGCUAAGGGAAUGAGUGAGACAUUCCAAACUCUCCAUGGUCUUGUUCAUAAAGGUGUGAAAGUGGUGAUGGACAUCCCCUACGAGCUGUGGAAUGAGACAUCUGCGGAGGUCUCUGAUAUGAAGAAACAGUGUGAUGUGAUGGUGGAAAUGUAUGAGGAUGCUAUUGAGGACUGGUAUAAAAAUCACCAGGAGGAAGACCUCACCAUAUUCCUCUGUGAACGACAUGUGUUAAAACCCCACGAAACAGAAUGUUUGAAGGAAGAAUGGACCGGCCAGAAGGGAGACCCUGCAGCAAUUGAUAUGGACAAGAAGAAGAAGAAGAAAAAGAAAAAAGAUAAAAAUGGCAAGAAAGAGGACAGAAAGAAGGGAAAACAAGGAAAGAAGAAAAAGAGACUAGAAGAGGAGAGUGAGCAAGAGGAGGAUAAAGACAUAUCAUCAGACAUUGAGCAAACACAGCAGGAAUUCCCUCCCCACAGACCCGAUGAACUGUAAAGACUGAAAGACUUGAGCAGGAAACAUUGGUUUAGAACAGAGUGUUAAAAAGCAUCAGUGGUUUUAAAAAAAACAUUCACCCAAACCAUAUGGACCUUUCUCUUAAUGUGCAUUUAAAUAGAUUUAAGUUAAUCAGGUCUUUUGUGAGCAAGUGGUCACUUUUCCAGCUGCUAGUUGGUUUGUUUAUACAUCAUUCUCUACAAUAAUCCUUUUCCUUCUGUUUUUUCCUUUGAACAUAGAAUUAAUUUUAAAACACAUUUUAUGACUGGAUUCUGUAUGCUUUGUUUAAAGAAAACUUGUUGGAUGUUUUGUUGACCCAGUAUUAUAAACAGAAAAAAUAA